AUGGGUUCAUGCAAUUAAUGCGUGUAGAGACAAGAACCUUUGUAAUAAGUAACAAUAUAGAACAAUACUGUGAAUUUAUUGCAGCACAAUCAUUAAAUGGUGAUAAAAAUUUAGACAGCCAAUUUAAGUAAGAGUAUCAGAAUGAGGACUAGACAAGAAUUGGCGAAGAGAAGAUCAAUGAAUCAAAAGAGAAGUAAUUCCACUGAUGACUGUUUAAUCGAAUAUCGCACAAUCUCUUAUUCUCCAAGAGUAGAUCCUCAAGAGACUCGAAAUGUGUUGCCGAUGAUUGACACUCAUAUCAAAAGGAAGAGUCUAUCUCAUUUUGGAAGGGAGUAUAGUGCAAAAUUAUAGCCAAAGGAAUCUGAUUCCUUGGACGAUGGUCAAUCCGAGUAAGUUGAGCAGACACCAUUGUAAUAGAGUGCUUCUCCUCUAGUCAAAUCUCUACGAUCCUCGAUGAACUAAUCCAAGAAAAUGCAAUCGUUCAGAUUUCGAUGUGUGUUGACUCACGAUAUUUUGGAACCUCGGGAUAAGAUUAAAAUAUAAACAAAAAAUACAAGAGUCAAGUUGGAUGCCAUCAAGUUAGUGGGGGGAAACAUCUACAUCGGGGAAUGGCUAGAUUAGAUGCCUGAUGGCAAAGGAAAAUAUACUUUCUCUGAUUAAUCCUUUUAUUAGGGUGAAUUCAGUAAAGGUUGUUUGCAUGGUCGAGGGGAGUUUAAGAGCAAGGAGGGUAAUACGUAUAGAGGACAAUGGCAUAACAAUAGAAUGCAGGGUUAGGGGAGUUACAUAUAUAAUAAUGGUUGUAAAUAUGAGGGCAAUUGGGAGAGAGAUGUACCCAAUGGAGAAGGAAUGGAAUGGUAUGUCAAUGGAUCAGUUUAUGUGGGGAACUUUUUAAAUGGAGAAAAACACGGAUUUGGAAAAAUCACAUUCAUCACUGGUGAAAUCUAUGAAGGGGAAUUUGAGUUUGAUGAUUUUAAUGGCAGAGGAAUUUAUAGAUGGCAAGAUGGUAGAGUUUAUGAUGGGAAUUGGGUUGAUGGCAAAAUGAAUGGAAAGGGUAAAUUGACAUGGCCAGAUGGUAGAUAUUAUGAAGGUGAAUAUAUAAAUGAUCAAAAAAAUGGUUAUGGAAUUUUCCAAUUUGCAGAUGGUCGCAAAUAUGUUGGAUUAUGGAAGCAAGGACUCCAACAUGGAUAAGGUGAAUUUCAUAAAGGUCAUGGACAAGAUCCAACCAGAGGCAUAUGGUAACAGGGAAAACUUGUUAAACUUCUAUGA